CGCCAACAGCCGGAUUCUCUUCAUGUCACAGCAUCCCGGCCAGGCGAGCAAGAAACCAGGCACAGGUUCCGACGAGCGUGGCGGCCGUCCAUUCCGGCUUGGCGCUCCCACGGAAGCCAAACCGCAAAGGAAGUAAAGGCGUCGUACGCGUACGACGGUACCGCGACCGGCCGCGCGUCGACGUCAUGGCUGCCGAGCUGAACUGGGAAGCGGCGAGCCUGUGGGCCGGUGACGAUGCGACGAGAUCAUUGGAGCUUCAUCCCAACCCCGCAAUACUCUGUCUCUUUUAAGUCACCUACAACCACCUGCUGUCCGCACCAAUCCAACAAUCUACAAACACACACGAAACACCUGACUUUUACCCUAAUCUAACUACUUCAACUACACCACACAUCGCAACCAUGUCCGAAAGCGACCGCGGCCUCGUCUUCAACGACAACAAGCAGCAGCCUCAUAAGAAGGAAUCCAUGCUCGAGAAGAUCGAGCACAAGAUCGAAGACAAGCUGCUGCACAAGAACAAGAACACGUCGCAGGAGCAGCACCAGCAACCUCAACACGGUGGCGCCACGCACCAGGGCUCCGGCACCGGCUACGGCAACAGCGAGUACGGCACCGGCCCUACGCACCAGAGCACGGGGGCCCACGGCUCAAGCACCCACGGCGCCCCCACACACCACCAGGGCGGCGGCUACGGCAACGAUGAGUACGGUACCGGUCCGACGCAUCAGAGCACCGGCGGCUAUGGCGCAAGCACUCACGGCGCCGGCAGCGGGCCCACGCACCACCAGGGCAGCGCCCCAGGUGCCGGCGGCUACGGUAGCAGCGAGUACGGCAGCGGUAGCCACGGCGUAGGCGGCGUGAGCGGCGGCAGCGGCGCUCCCCACCAAAGUAGCUACGGCGGCAGCAGCGAGUACGGCAGCGGCAGCCACGGCAUCGGCGGCGUGAGCGGUGCUCCCCACCAGAGCAGCUACGGUGGCACCAGCGGCGGUCCCGGCGGCUUCGGCUCCGGCCCGCAGCACGGCGGACAAGGCGGGCACAGCGGCUACGGCGAGCACAGCAGCGGCGGCAUCGGCGGCUAUGGCGGCAGCGGCCCCACGCACAGCAGCGGCGGCGAGUUCGGCAGCUCCGGCGGACACCAUCAGCCCGGCGGCGGGUACGGCAGCGGCGGUCCCGGCGGUGACAGCGGUUAUGGCGCCAGCAGCGGGAGCCACCACCAGCCCGGCGGCUUCGGGGGCGAGGGCUACGGCAGCAGCGGCGGAUACGGCAGCGGCGGACAGCACCACGGCGGACCCGGCGGCGCUGGCGGACCCGGCGGCUUUGGCGGCGAGGGUUACGGCAGCGGCGGCGCCCAGCACCACGCUGGCGGCAUGGGCGGUGGUCCCGGUGGUCCCGGUGGCUUCGGCGGCAUGAGCGGCGGAGGCAUGGGUGGUGGGCCUGGCGGCUUCGGCGGCGGAGCUCAGCACCAAGGCGGGCCGGGCGGGUUUGAUGGCCCUGGUGGCCAGCACCAUGGCGGUGGUGGUAUGGGGGGACCUGGUGGCCACUCUGGGGGCCAGCACCAGCCUGGUUGGUAAACCAUGGCGUAGGUGCAUUGAUGGAUGAAUGAAGGAUGGGCUGAUGCCCGGUUAUGAGUUAUGAGAUUGGGGGUGGUAGUUGAUGAUACCAUGGUUUUUUCCGUUUUCAAUGUGGUUUGGAGGUGCUUUUGUGCUGGUGAGAGGGG